AUCCCGGCAGGUCCCCAGAUCGCAGCAACUAAAAGCAAAACAAAUGGACAAAGAGAGUCCGGGAGGGAAAGGGUCGUCUUGGCCCCUCCCUCCAGUUUGUACUGUGCGGAUUAAUUUGAACAUUUAAGCGGGUUUGGACACCUAGUAACAAAUUGUAAAGAGAUUUCUGAACGUGAUGGGCAGUCUGAGAUGUUGUUUGCAGUUCUUUGGGGAUCCAGGAUUAGGAAACUUUAGCGCUGAACGAAACGUUUCUUAUGGAGGUAUUGACCUGGCUGGGCUUUUCAUGAUCGUCACUGCUGACCUGAAAACCUCUGAAGGAGAAGUUUAGCUUCUGGAAGUCAUUGAUACUCUUCUGACUGCUGUUUGUAAAAUCGCCUCAGAUUGGGGAUUAUUUUUGCUUUGCAGAAAUUAUCUGCUUGGAGCCCUGCAUAAUUUGUAACAAUCUCUGGCAAAACCUCAGGAAGAAAGAUAUGCUUUUGACUUAGACGGAUGUCAGAGGGUGCGGCAGGACCCAGUGAAAGGGCUCCUCAAGUGGUGGGAGGCUCUGAGAGCGACAGUUUCAGCCGAGGGACAGCUUCUUGGGGACUUUCUUCUCCCCAGGAGGGUGACAGUCUAAAAGAAAAAAAAAAAAAACCACAAGCAACACAGUUGCCAGUGAAAUAAGAGAGGGAGUGCUUCACGCGGAGCUGCUGCUGGACUCUCGGCGCUCACCCGCGGGGCAGGGGCACAAGGCCAUGGAGUGACCGUCAGCGUGGGUCUGAGGAGAGACAGGAGAUGGCCCACGAAGUCACCCUGAAUUCCCUCCAGGAGUCAGAGCGCGAGGUGAUUCUCCAGGUCCUGUACCGGGACCGGGUGGUUCAAAACAUCGAGGAGGAAAGGAUACGGAAACUGAAGACGCACCUGCAGCAUCUCAGGUGGAAAGGCUCGAAGGGCGCCAGCCAGGAGUACAAAGAGGAGUCCUGUGCCCGAUGCCAGCGGGUCCUGGGGCUCCUGCUGAACCGGGGGGCUGUGUGCCAGGGCUGCAGCCACCGCGUGUGCUCCGAGUGCCGAGUGUUCCUGAGGAGGACCCGCGCCUGGAAGUGCACCGUGUGCUUCGAGGACAGGGUGCAUGGACCCCCGCUCCCACCCGCUUAGAGGGCAAGACGCCACCAGACCUCAUCGCCACCAUGGCUCCACUGAUGUCGGUCCUGCCUUAUCCCUUCUGUCCUCACGGUGCUCCCUGCAGGGGUGGGAAUAUUCACUCACCAACCCACAGAAAUGUGAAAAUAAAAACUGGAGAAUGGUUCUUUGAGGAACGAGCCAAGAAAUUUCCAACUGAAGGCAAACAUGAGACAGCUGGAGCAAAGCUCUUGCAAUCUUAUCAGGCAUUGAGCAACAUAUCCGUGGUUCCUCCUACUCCACCUCCUUUCAGUGAAAGCCAGUGCAGUGGCAGCCCCGGCAGGUUACGGGAACUUGGUCAGUUUAAAGGAUUUCAUAAGUCCGUGGAGAAUUUGUUUCUGUCUGUUACCACCCAUGUGAAAAAACUCUCCAAGUCCCAGAAUGACGUGACCUCUGACAAGCAACACCCAGCCCUGGGUCCUGGGCCGUGCGCAGGCCCGACGGAGAGACGGAGCCAGUCGGACACUGCAGUCAACGUCACCACCAGGAAGGUCAGCACACCAGAUAUUCUGAAACCUUUCAGUCAAGAGAGUCCCAAACGCUCUACCAGCCCUGUUUUGAAGCAAGAGGGUGUCUCAUCCAGUCCAACGCCCACGACGCUGUUCUCAGGAGGCUUGAGACACGGAAGUUUAAUUAGCAUUAACAGCACUUGUACAGAGAUGGGCAAUUUUGACAACGCUAAUGUCACUGGAGAAAUAGAAUUUGCCAUUCGUUAUUGCUUCAGAACUCAUUCUUUAGAAAUAUGCAUCAAGGCUUGUAAGAACCUUGCCUAUGGGGAGGAAAAGAAGAAAAAGUGCAAUCCGUACGUCAAGACUUAUCUGCUGCCUGACAGAUCCUCCCAGGGAAAACGCAAGACUGGAGUCCAAAAGAACACAGUGGAGCCGACCUUCCAGGAGACCUUGAAGUACCGGGUGGAGCCCGCCCAGCUGGGGACCCGGCGGCUGCAGGUCUCUGUGUGGCACCUGGGCACGCUCACCCGGAGAGCCUUUCUUGGAGAAGUGAUCAUCCCUCUGGCCACAUGGGACUUUGAAGACAGCACGACCCAGUCUUUCCGCUGGUAUCCUCUCCGGGCCAAGGCAGAGAAAUACGAAGACAGUGUUCCUCCCAAUAAUGGGGAACUUGCAGUUCGGGCCAAACUGGUCCUCCCGGCAGGGCCCAGGAAGCUCCAGGAGGCUCAAGAAGAGAUGGGAGAUCAGUCAUCACGUAACGGUCAGCUCUGUUUGGUGGUGCUGGGAGCCAAGAAUUUACCUGUGCGGUCAGAUGGGACCUUAAACUCAUUUGUGAAGGGCUGCCUCACUUUGCCAGACCAGCAAAGGCUGAGACUGAAGUCCCCUGUCCUGAAGAAGCAAGCCUGUCCCCAGUGGAAGCACUCCUUCGUUUUUAAAGGCAUAAGUCCUUCUCAGCUGAGGCAAUCCAGCCUAGAAUUAACCGUCUGGGACCAGGCCGCCUUCGGUGUGAACGACCGUCUGCUGGGAGGAGUCAGGCUUAGUUCCAAGGAGGGUCCAGCUGGCGGCGCCGACUCUUGCUCACCAUCGAAGCUCCAAUGGCAGAAAGUUCUUUCCAGCCCCAACCUGUGGACGGACAUGACCCUCACGCUGCACUGACGCCAAGGCCCCGGGUGCUGCGGGGUCGGCCCUCUGGAGUGUGAACACUCUGGUCUGCAGCUCCGUCCCGCAGCUGAGACGUUCUCCCAGAUCCCUCUGUGCGUACUUAAGUUAAACAGAACCACUGCCAUGUUACGUUAGGAAGCCUCAGGUAGGUUAUCUGUGCUUUGAGAGACGUGGAAAAUGACCAGCUCUCAAUAAAUGUUCAACAGUUA